ACGCUAGUCCUCAUUGGUUUAGUGCUGGGCUCAGCCUCGCUGCAGCUGCAGUCGGCAUCCGCCUACCGAUACCGCGGCCGCGUCAGGGCCCAGUCUUCAAUAUCACUGAUCCCAAAUGUGGAGCAGUAUUUUCAGGAAGGACUGAAGAGUUUGCAGGGGAAGAGUGUAUGUGAGCAUCUCCAGACAGUCUUGCCUCGUUUGAGCUCAGGAGGGAAGAUCCAUUUCUCGGCAUCGGGUCCACCUACUCCCGACAACAGUUUGCUCAACAAUGCCGAUUUCUGGGGUUCUGCGUCUCUCCAGCAUUCA